UUAUUAAUACAUAAUAAGUACCAUAAUGCCAAAAGCGUACCCCCAAAGCAAAGUUUGCUCUCUUAAAUAUCUGCAUGUAAAUGCAAUUCACUUACUAACACCUCCCACUAUUUCCUGUCACUAACAAGUAGAACAAAAAAAAAAGGUAGCACGCAGGAAAAAAAUCGUUACAGAGCCAUUUCACAUUUCGACACAGCACUUCUCUUAAAUUCGCCUUUGUCUUUGGAAAACAUGUCACACAACAACACAGAUAACUGCAGCACAUCUCAUUUCAGAUAUCCACUUUUCACUUCCACCUACAGCAUCGUGCUGCUUUUUGGUCUUCCUUUGAACUCUGUGUCUCUUUGGAUACUGGUUUGUCGGAAUGGCCUGAUGAAAUCCGUUCCGGUCAUCUACAUGGCCAACCUGGCUCUAUCGGACCUACUUUUCACGCUUUCCCUGCCCUUUCGGAUUAUCUACUUCGCCACAGGUGAGUGGAAGCUGGGAAACACUCUAUGCGUCAUUCCGGGGACCCUCUUUGCAGUCAACAUGUACUCCAGCUCUUUGUUCAUCACGCUCAUCAGCGUGGACCGGAUGAUGGCCGUGGUGUAUCCGCUGAGAUCCCGACACUUGAGGACGGUACCGAUGGCGUGGGUGUUUUGCGUGAUGGUGUGGCUGAUCAUCGCUGGAUUGGCAGUGCCAACAGCCAUUAACCAUCCUGAAAAUAAGGACCCUGACUGCAACGUUACACGCUGUUUUGAGAAAUACACCCCUGAAGAAUGGAAGAACGGUUUUAUAAUUCUCUGCUGUGUCACUUUCUUAUUUAUUUUAAUACCUUUCUGCAUUAUUCUGGGCUGCACGGCUGCAGUCGUGCGGCAGCUGAAAGGCUACAGCAUCGCGACUUCCUCAAGUAGCACAGAGCUGAGUAAAAGCAAGAUCGUGAAGCUAUUUCUGUCUAACUUGCUCAUCUACGCCAUUUGUUUUAUCCCAUUUCACAUUGCUUUUAUCCUCUUUGGCCUGAGCAAACAAGACUACUUGCCUGGAGGUAACACUCUGGAAGUUUACUUCAGACUGCAGACCGUUACCAUGUGCAUGGCCAGCACAAACAGCUGUCUGGACCCCUUGAUCUACUAUUUCAGCUCAAAGAACAUUAAAGGUAGAAAUAGAUGUGACUCUUCAUCCAAAACCGUCGGUCUCGGCCUGGUUCAGAGCAUGAGUUGGAACGGAUAGCACGGCAACUUCCAUCAAAAUUGCGUUUGUUGUUGAGGUAAACAUGUUUUUUUGUCUGAAAGGAAAUGGUUAUGUAAAAAAAAACCCAUGUCUUAAACCAAAAGCUGACUCACGUAUGAGAGCGUGGCACGUCUGCUCAUGUGCAUAGCAUGAGAAGUUUGCAACUCUGUUUACCUCGCUCAGGCGCCCUAAUUGGGUGAAAAGGGAAGAAGACACCGAUCGUCGAGCUAGUGAUUUAUUACCUACCAAUGUGAUAGAGACUUUCAUUUGGUCAGCAAAUCUUGCAUUGUUUCAAAUCAUGAACUAAGCUGUUUCUGUGUAUAUUUGCUUAUUACUGAGAACCAAGGGAAGUAGCUACUGUAAAAAUAUUGGCCCCUCUGGUUGUACGUUGCUAUUUUUUGCCGCAUUAACUGCAUUUCUACCAGCAUUACAAGUCUUUUUUUCUAUGUUCUUGUGUCAUCGGGCAAAUUAUUUAAACUGCAUUUUUAUACGCCCAGCAUAGCAAUAUAUAUGCACUUGUGUGUCAUGCAUUAUGUUGGUUGAAAUAAACCAAGCAUACUUCUGCCAAAUUUCAUCGAUCGCUUUCAAAUUCUCAGAUGGCCUCUGCACUGCAACGACAUGUUUGACUUGAGAUGUGAAAAAGUGAGAAUUGGCUCACAUGAAGCUCACAGGCUGGCGCGAGGAAGUGAGAGUUGAAGUACACACCCUCUCCUGUCGUUUCACAUGAGGGAUCUUUUUCGUGAUGCGGUUUGUGGGCCAAGUGUGCUAAAAGGUCCGUUACGUGCACUUGUCUGUAACGAUCAGCAGAGAGAGAGAGAGAGAGAGAGAGUAGUGUUUCAGCAGUUUAUUGAUGGAUUUGUACAAGCGAUUGUUAUUUACAAAGCAGCAGAAUAGAGUGCAUCAAAUAAAACGCCUCAUUUACUCCAGAUAAAACCAGUUGUUGCUACACAAGUAUGUGGAAGAGGAACAAUACAUAUAAAUGGUACGAUUAGAAAAAGUGCAAGCAAAAUGAAAUGUUUCCACCUCAGAUGAGGUCUAAUGGUCUACCAUUAGUCAUGGAUGGACCGUACAUUUAUAAAAAAAAAAAUAAAUAAA